CCCUCUUUUUUAAUCUCCUUGUUCAUUCAAAUAGAAUGGCAUGAUCAUUUCUCUUCUAAUCCGACACAUAGGCUCUGCUAAUGUUAUGUUUUUCAAGGGUAUAUUCGAGUCGCAAUGGCUGUUUCGGCAAACCUAUUGUCAAUUAUAUCGAAAUUAAAAAUAUGGGAUAAAUCUUGAACCGAUGAUGACAAUGAUAGUAACAGUAGAGAGGGAUUUUAUUUGACUGGUGUCAUAGACAUUUGAUUGAUAUCUCUUCCUUUUUGUUCUUUCUUUCUUUCAUAUUAUCACUUAACAUGGGCAAAGGCAAGCGCUCACUUUCAAUUAAUAGUUUCUCUCGAUCAUUGCUUGACAAUGGACUGUUAUCCACACAAAAACUAGAGGCAUUGCCUUCUGUUUUGAGUACCACGUCUAAAACAGUGGGAAGCAUUCACUUGCCCAACAACAGCCAUUGUCGUUGGAAGACAACAUCAAGAAAGUCAUACAAGGAAUUCCAACAGACAAUGGAGCCUGCACCAUUCAACAUUGUGAUUGUGACAUACCUGAAUAUCCUUUUGCUUAUUCUAUUUGGCCAUCUGAGAGACUUUUUUGGAAAGAUUUGUAAGCCCAAAGCAUAUGCUCAUCUAAUGCUUCAAAACGGCAUGGCCCCUUUACUUUCUGAUUACGACUCAUUCUACACAAGACGCAUGUAUAUGCGCAUUCGUGAUUGUUGGAAUCGACCAAUCACGGGUGUUGCGGGCCGUCAAGUUCAUUUACUAGAAAGAUACAGUCCCGAUUAUAACAAGACCUUCAAAAUCUCAUCAGUUUUUGGAAGGCUGACAGGCAAAGUGACCGAGAAUCUCAAUUUUUCUUCUUACAACUACUUGGGUUUCGCACAAAGUUCUGGUCCGUGCGCGGAUGACGUUGAAUUGUCCACUCGACAAAAUGGUAUUUCUCAUUGUAACCCUCGAGCUGAAUCAGGUACAUCCGAAUUACAUCUUGAAUUAGAGAGAACGGUAGCAAGAUUUGUUGGAAAAGAAGCUGCUAUGGUGGUCAGUAUGGGGUUUGCUACAAAUUCAACUACGAUUCCUGCUUUAGUCAAUGAGGGUUGCCUUGUUAUCUCUGAUGAACUUAACCAUUCUUCUAUCAUUUUCGGUGUGCGAUUAUCAGGUGCUACUGUAAAAACGUUCAAGCACAAUGAUAUGAACCAUUUACGUGAUGUUUUAAAACAAGCCAUUUCUAAAGGACAGCCAAGAACACAUCGUCGAUGGAAAAAAAUUUUGGUGAUUGUCGAAGGCAUUUAUAGCAUGGAGGCAACCAUUGUUAACCUGCCUGAACUGAUUGAACUCAAGAAGAAGUACAAAUUCUAUUUAUACGUCGAUGAAGCACACUCUAUCGGUGCUCUUGGUGAACAUGGCGGUGGUGUUUGUGAUUUCUACCAUAUCGACCCUGCUGAGGUUGAUAUUUUGAUGGGUACAUUUACUAAAUCAUUUGGCUCUGCUGGUGGCUACAUUGCUGCUGAUAAAAAAAUCAUUGAUCAUUUAAAAUUACACAACCAUGCCUACAAUUAUGCAGAGCCCAUGUCUGUACCCGUUACACAACAAGUGAUAACAAGUAUGAAGAUUGUUGCAGGCGAAGAUGGAACAAGCGAAGGAGCCAAGAGAAUAGAGCAACUUGCCAGAAACAGCGCUUAUUUUUCUGCUCGCUUGCGUGAAAUGGGCUUUAUUGUCUAUGGUGAUAAAGGUAGUCCAGUCGUUCCUUUGCUUCUUUUCCAACCUGCUAAAAUACCAUUGUUCUCUAGAGAACUACUAAAAAGAGGGAUUGCUAUAGUCGUUGUUGGUUAUCCAGCAACUCCAAUUGCAGAAGCAAGAGCUAGAUUCUGUAUCUCAGCAGCCCAUACAAAGAAAGAUUUAGAUUUUGCUCUAGAAGCCAUUAGCGAAGUUGGAGACCAAAUUUAUCUUAAAAUGAAGAAGCCUCAGGCAUCAAAAUCAACUUACUAGUGUGUAUUUUAUAUCUAUAUUUGCUUGUCUAUAUUUAUUAUCCCCAUUUAAUUUAAUAAACAUCUUCUCACUAAUCACUUCA